UGCAGUUGAAUGUUGGCUCUGUGCAGCAGGAUAAACCAGCAGCCUCAGCCUGCUGCUGUUUGAACGCCACUUCCUUACUUCAGUCACGUGACAGCCCAGCCAAUAUGGCGGAUAGAAGCUGACGCCUGUCAUCUCCUCGCGACUGUGUUAGACACACGGCCCAACCACUCCGUCACUCUAAGGAAACUGCGUAAGAGUGGUUGGUGGAUAGGCUGAGCUGUAGUUCCCUAACGUAAACACUACGCACGAUAUUUUGGUACCGAGCGGAGAGGAGAUGCACACGGCACUUGAGUGAGGGGACCAAUAAAGAGGGCGCAAUGCAAGUACACGUGCACACCAAAUUCUGCUUCCUGUGUGUGCUCACCUUCAUCUUCCAUCACUGCAACCAUUGCCAUGUGGAAGGACAUGGCCAUCCAAGUGAUGGACAUCAGCACAACGACUUGCAGAUUUCUGAAGCUCCGUAUGUACAUUCUGCCACCGUGCCCCCUGAGUCAAACAGUCCUGAAGGGGGACCUCUAGAAGAAGAGCAGCGUUUCUACAUCCAACAGCUGUUCAGGCGCUACGGGCAGAAGGAUCGCUUGGACUUCCAAGGGUUUCAGAGUCUGCUCCUUAGUCUAGGUCUGGGGGAAGUUAAGUUGGUAAGUGUGGAUCAUGAGGAUCUGGGCCAUGACCAUGUAGCCCACCUAGACCUGCUGGACGUGCAGGAAGGGCUUCACUCACACUCAUCUUCCAGUGAAGGCCACAGUCAUGAUCAUCAGGACCACAAGCCUCAUCAUCCACGCACAGAACAGGCUCCCACACACUGCAGCCACACCACUGCUUCCAGUCCAGCUACUGGAUCACCAACAAAGCAUGACCAUGAUCACAGUGACACACAGAAACAUACUGAUGACCACAACCAUGAUCACACACAUGAUGAAGACCAUCAGCACCAACACACAGAGAUCCAGUCUAACCACAAAGAUCUGUCCUCUGCACCCCACCAUGGACCCAGAAGCUACAGCGGUGACCAGCACAAUCAUAAAGAGCACACAGAUAAGCAACUGCCCCCGGCCCACAUGGAGCCGCUGGUAGGCCCGACAGAUGAUCCACCAAAGAGGACCCAGAAGACAUCAAAGGUCAGAGGCCAGCAAAGGCCCAACAAGUUUCCUUCCUCUGAAACACCCCCGUCUGGUGACCAUGAACGCAACCACAGUCACUCUCAUAAAGAGAAGAGGGAGGCUCCAGGGCUGGCAGCUUCACAAGUGCUUACAGAACAUCCAGGUGGACUGAUGCACCAGCAUGAGGAGUGUUUGAACCUCACUCAGCUCCUCAACUACUACGGCCUGCAUCCCGACUCCAUCAUCUCCCCCAGCGAGUUUACCUAUCUGUGUCCCGCCCUACUCUACCAGAUAGACAGCCGCGUCUGCAUCCGCCAUUACCAUCAGAUGGAGGUGGAGCAGGAGGCCCUGGAGCCUGUCAGUUCUGUGUGGAUCUGGAUCUGGGGCUUCGUGUCCAUCACCAUCAUCAGCCUGCUCUCCCUGCUCGGGGUGGUUCUUGUUCCCAUCCUCAAACAGUCCUGCUUCAAGUUCCUGCUCACCUUCCUGGUGGCGCUGGCAGUGGGCACGCUCAGUGGAGAUGCUCUUCUUCAUCUGCUGCCUCACUCUCAGGGACAACACGACCACAGCCCGCAUGAAACCAGCAACAGUUCUGAUCUGGUCACAGCCUUUGAUGGGGUCUGGAAGGGUCUCACCGCGCUGGCCGGCAUCUACCUCCUCUUCAUCAUCGAGCAUUGCAUCGGCAUGUUCAAACACUACAAGGACCAGAGGGAACUGAAGAAGGAGAAUGAGGCGAGAUGGAUCGGCAGGAAGCUGUCUGAUCACAAGUCAAACCGGCGCUCAGAUGCAGAAUGGUUGAACCUGAAGCCCCUCAAUGAAGACCCGGAGAACUCAGCCGUCUCCUGCGACAACACUCACAAUGACACUCAGCUGACAGAGCUCCAGGACCCCGACACGCCCACAAACAAGACCCCACUGGCUCCAACAAACCCGCUACAGGACAAGCAGUCCCCCACCAAGGACACUGGCCGGAAAGCCAGGAAGCACGGACACUCCCACGGAGGGAACUGUCACUCGGACCAGGAGAUGAAGGAUGCUGGGAUCGCCAGCAUCGCCUGGAUGGUCAUCAUGGGGGACGGCAUGCACAACUUCAGCGACGGCCUGGCUAUAGGUGCAGCGUUCAGUGCGAACAUAACGGGAGGCAUCAGUACAUCCGUGGCUGUUUUCUGCCACGAACUGCCUCAUGAACUUGGUGACUUUGCGGUUCUGCUGAAAGCUGGGAUGUCGGUGAAGCAGGCCAUCGUCUACAACCUGCUGUCUGCUCUCAUGGCCUACGUGGGCAUGCUGAUCGGGACGGCCGUGGGCCAGUACACGCACAACGUCACCAACUGGAUCUUUGCCAUCACGGCCGGCAUGUUCCUGUACGUGGCUCUGGUGGACAUGGUAGGUUGGAACACUCCGACUCUGACCUCUCCUCUUGCUCUCUGGUUCUGACUGGUUUCUUGGUGUCCUCCACAGCUUCCAGAAAUGCUUCAUGGGGACAGCGAGGAACACAAGCGCUGCCACCUGGGACACUUCAUCCUGCAGAAUGUGGGCUUGCUGACCGGCUUCACCAUCAUGCUGCUGAUCGCCAUCUUUGAGGACCGCAUUGUGUUUGACUUUGGCUUUUAGCAGAGGACAGAGGAGGUGGACAUCUGGAUGUAUCAGGGUUGUUCUCUCCUCUGCAGUAGAACAGCCUGCCCUGCAUGUGCUUCAGUUGUGACUCGUCUCUGUCCCAAAGCUGCAGCCGUUGCUUUCGCAUAUCUCAUCAUGCUGCUAGUAAUGUUUACGCCCUGCUCCUCCUCUUCCUCGGCUCCUUCGUCACUUCCAGUCUGUGAAGCACAAAGUACUACCGCUGCCUGACCACCUCUGUCUGCUUCAGACCCCCAUGCUAGCAUAUAUCCAGACUUCUGAGGUGCAGCUGGAUGGGUGUUCCUGCAGAGGGAGCUGUAACCCCCAACACCUCACCGCCCAUCUGUCUUCACCUGUCCUUAGUAUGUUGUCGUCUUGUCCUUCACGUCUCCGUCUCAUUCCCAUGAUGCUGCGUCCUGCUGUCUGUGGCUUGUGCUUCUGAUGUGAGUUCCACCUGCCAUCCAUCACAUGCUGAUGUCAUCACGCUGUGUCUGUGCCAAGCCCCGCCUCCUGAGCAGCUUCCUGAGCUGACGGGCCCCCCACCGCCUGCUGCAGCCGCAGGCGACCACUGAACUGAUUUUGUUUCAUCUUUAAAGCUUCAGUGUCAGAACAGAAGCAUUCCUCUGCAUGCUUCAUGCGGAUCGCUGUUGUUUUUUGUUUUUUUUGGGUUUACAGGAAACCUGAACUCUGCUGCCAAAGCCUUUAACUUCAGCAUGUCCAGCAUCCUCUGCGCAGCUGCACAUCCUGACUGUCUGCCGUGUUUUUGGAAGGAUCUGAUGAUCCGGAGCCAAAGUGAAACAUUUGUUGUGUCAGACCUUCGUGUUUUAAUGAGAAACGAUUUGAGCUGUGAAUUCAGGCCAACUUGUUGUCUCUGACAGCUCAUUUAGGGAACCAGAGUCAGACCUGCUGUUCACAGCUGCAGGUCUGAUCUAUGCAGAUGAUCUGUGUUCUGUGUUGAAACGGCUAAAAUCAAGUUUCACGUUGAAAAGUUCUGAUCUGCUUAAAGUCUCCUGAUAAUCUGAGGACCUUCAACAAACUGUGAACCAGAUGAUCGACCGUCUGCCUGAAACAUUUGAAUCAUUCCACCUUUCAUCAUCCCUCAGAUCCAGCUGCUAUCAGAGAACUUUACCAGGUGGAGCCUCAUAGGUCCCGCCUCUCCAUAUUCAUCACAUCCCAUUGGCUCGUACGCUAAGCCGCCUGCUGGAUCGCACAUACAUGAUCAUGUGUUUGUCCUGUCACUGUGUGACAUCAUCUGGUCCUAGCUGGCAGUGAAUCAUCCUUAGGCUCAUUGUUCUCAUGUUGUUUGAACCAUGGGGAAUGAGCUGAAUGGUACAGAUGUUCUACAGAGCAGAAAGGUUCUGCUCAGCUGGAUUCUGUGAACUGUGGGAACGCCUUUGCGAUGCAGAGUAACAGGACUCAUCAUGUGAAGACAUUUUUUAAUUUCCUUAUAUGUUCGUGUGUAGUUUCAGUGGACGCUGGUCUUUAUACCCCUUCAUCAUUUUUGUGCCUUUGCAGUUUCAGGUGUCAGAUUAAAGGAGUUUGUUCGGCUCACAGUCUGCCGUAAGGUAAUAUGGUUCCAUGAAUCUAAUAACUUCUACCAGCAGCAGGACACUAGGAGUUUUUGUUUGAUCAGUGUUUGCUGUCCAAAGCUGGUCCAAUCACAAAACAGAACCAAAAUAAACAGGAAGAGUGCCUCUCAUGCCUAAACGACUCGGUUUAAAAUACCAGCUUAAAAGGGUAAAAAACAGACCUUGAUGAAUGAUAAAUGAUAACAACAUUAGUUACAGGAAAAGCUGCAGUAAACUGGUUGCAUUAGUAUGCACACCCUGAACCACCCUGAACUCAGUCUUCUUUAGUUAAAAGCUGCCGUCAAUAAUGGUGAAUCUGAAGGACCUGAAAUCAGGAUCAGUUGGGAUUUUUAUGGCAUUUUAAAAUUUGCUUUCUUUAUCUAAAGCCUUUGUUUGCAGAGUGGGUGCAAAGGUAUCAGUCAGGAGAAAUAUACAAAACAAAUCCACAACAUUUUGGAUAUGUAUGUAUAUUUUUAUCAUGUUCUGCCCAGUCUAGGAAUGUUGACCGGUCCCCAAUCCCAACCCGGUCCCCAAAUCACAAAUCCAAAAGAAAUGUCAAGUGCAACUUAUUUACAAAGCAUAGAAACGAAGCAGUGAAACAACAAAAGCAAACUAUCUUCCCAGUUUGUGAUUCCUUCACAAUAUGUGAAAUAAAACAGACCAAAAGUGCUUAAAAUGAAAAAAUGUCGCAGUUUUUUUUUUGUGGUUUGAUGAAACUGAACUAGAACCUAGGGAAAACCAUAUCCACAAUAAAACAUGGUGGUGGCAGCAUCAUGCUAUGUGGUUACUUUAAUCAAACUCAAAAAUUACAAAGAGUUCUAAUUAUUAAACCUUCAAGCUAGAAAACAGAAGAGGGGAUUAAUGUUCAGCAUCCCAGUAAAUCCAAGAAAACCUCCAUCUUUCAGUUCGAGGUGUAUUUAUGUAACUCAGCCUUGAAUUUCUAUUCAUCAUGAUCUCGUUUUUCACGUCAUAAUGCUAAAAAAAACAAUGGUGUAAACACUUGAAAGUCAAAGUGCUGACCUAGCAUGAUUUAGGUACAAGAUGGAGGUAAGGAAGCAAAGGAAUGUGUGGCUGAAAUGAGGGUGUGAACUGGUGAAGGGGUAAACUGACCGGAUCCAGUACAGCAGAACCUGAACAUUUUUACUGUAACACGGAAUCUGUGGUUUACCUUCAACUUACAUUUAGUUUGUUCGUUGCUCCAAGGACGACGGUUCCUUGCUGCUGAUCUACCAGACGAGGAAAAUGCCUCAAUCAUUUGUUGUGUAUUUUUGUUCUGUAAAGAUGUAAAAUGUGAUAUUCUCCUUGAUGCUGAAGAAUUAAAAAGUCAUAUGAAGAAUGCUGAA